AAAAGAAAAAAAAGGAAGAAUGAAUGAGCUAUCACUCAGGUAACCUGUACGUCUGUCUGAGGAGAUGGGCGUCGACAAAGACAGGAAAUAACACUCUCACUGCGGAGUACAGGCGGCGGUGCAGUCGGCUGUGACUGCUGUGACUGAUCAUGGCUCCAAAAGAAACGAGGUUCCUGUGAAGUUCUUCUCACAUUGGUCUAACAGAGUAACAAGUGACCAUGGGAGAAGAGUCGGACACUUACUCGGAGUUGAGGCACUUAACCCCGCUGUGGCCUCUGCCCAGACUGCGCUCUCUCAGUGACACCUCCGGAUUUCGCUCCAAAGUUCUGCAGCGGCUGCGGGGAGCCCGCUCAGUUGAUGGUUUGGAGAAAUCAUCAUCACUGGCCAGCUGUGACGUGGUCGUAGACAGUGCCACCAAUACCCAGAAUGCAUCUGCACCGCGGCAACAGCAGAAGGGAAAACUCUCAUCGUUAGGGAAACUGUUCAAACCCUGGAAGUGGAGAAAGAAGAAAACCAGCGACAAGUUCCAGGAUCUUUCCAAAGUUCUAGAGAGAAAGAUCUCCACCAGGCAAACGAGAGAGGAGCUCAUCAAGAAAGGAGUUCUUAUUGCCGACCAAGAUGAACCAAUCAGCAAUCAAAACCUCAACGGCCACGCCACACCCAGUGUGACAACAGAGGAGGUCAAAGUUGACAUAGAGUCUCCAGAAGUACAGCUGCAAAACCAGGCAUCUGGUCCCGUCAUCAGUGAAGAGAAACCAGACAAGAGCGAUACUAAAAGCCCCGCCCGAACAAACCAGGUCCGACCUCCAGAAGCUCAAGCUAAAAAAGCCCAAAGUGCCACCGUGCCUGCAUCGUCCAAACCUUCAGGUGGCGCCGGAGCCACAAACAGGCACAGAGACGGUGCCUCUGGGACUAAAAAGACAACCAAAAGCACAUGCAAGACAGGCUCAGCCUCCACUCAGCCCAAAGCUAACCCGCGGGGCGCUAACAACACUAGUCGUGUGACUGGUAAGUUAGCGCUGCCUGUUGACACUGCAGCCUGUGUGCUUACACCCCCCCCUCCACGUCUGCCCCCCCUCACCUCCACCCAGCCCUGCAUGGAAAGUGUUCUCCUUUAUCAGUUUGAAGAGGGAAACGGCCUUGUUAAAAAGCUGUCUCGGGAGGAGAAGAACAUUCUGCCCAGGAGCUCGGAGACAGAGAGACACGAGCUGAGGCAGCAGAUCGGCUCCAAACUAGUCAGACGGCUGAGCCAGAGACCAACCACAGAGGAGCUGGAGCAGAGGAACAUCCUCAAACAGAAGAACGAGGCUGAGGAGCAGGAGGCCAAGCAGGAGCUCAAGAGGAGGCUCUCCAGAAAGCUGAGUGUCAGGCCAACCGUUGCCGAACUCAUCGCUCGGCGGAUCCUGCGUUUUAAUGAGUACGUUGAAGUAACAGACGCCAAGGAUUACGACCGACGGGCCGACAAACCGUGGACACGGCUGACGCCAGCUGACAAGGCAGCGAUCCGUAAAGAACUGAAUGAGUUCAAGAGCAGGGAGAUGGAGGUCCAUGAAGACAGCAAACAGUUCACCAGAUUCCAUCGGCCCUGAACUCGCUGCGGUCCAGACGUCGGCUACUCGCUCUCCUGGCUGGACCACCCUGACCUCCUGACCUCCUGACCUCCUGACCCAGAUCACGCCAAGCCUGAUGUAUUUAUGUAUAUAGUGACAAUUAAAGGUGUGUCUGAAAGACGCUGGCCGUCCACAGGCUCUGGUCUCACACACACACACACACACACAGUGGUUUUUCCACACAAAUCCAAGUGUCGGCUGGUAGUGGAGAACGUGCUUCAUGAAUGUCUAUCAUUGAGGUGGUUGUUGUUGUUGUUGUUGUUUUUGUUGUUGUUGUUGUACAUGCCAUUCUGUAUGCCUCCUGAUAAACUGCCAAAUGACCAUAUAAGGACGUGCUUCUCUGUGAAGGAAAAGGCUGUGAUUGGCUGUUGAUGUGUCAGUGUCAAAGGUCAGAGGAGAGUUAUGGCUGUUGGUUCUUCUUUCAUGUGCCUCUGCAAUCUUUAACAUAGUCUUACCGACCCACCGACUGACUGUAGAGAAGUGGACGUGGCCAGCAGGGGGCUCUGCUGGCUCUCUGUGCUAACUGCUAUUCAAUGGAAGUUGAUGGGAUUUUGGAAAAAUGUCAACAUUUUCCUGAAAGGUUCAGGCUGUAGUCCAGUAGUUGGAGGGUUGUGGGUUCCAUUCCAGGAGUCCAGACAGUAGGUUUUACCCCAGCCCCGGGUCGAUGUAGUGUGAAGUGCUCUGAGCCGUCAUGGACGGACGGACCUCACAGUUCAAUCAAAGAGCUGAGGACGUUCCUUUUUUUUUUUUUGUAGAAUUUGAUUGACAUGAUUGACAGAUGUCCUUCAACCACAAACACACACACACACACACAUCAUCGCUGAUAUACAAUCAGUCUGCGUUAGCGUGAAGGCCACGUCACCAACGUGAUGUACAGAGAAAAACGACCAACAGUAUUCACACGUGUCUUUGUUGUUAUAUAAAUAUAUACAUAAAUAUAUAUAUAAAUAUAUAUAUAUAUGUGGAGAGAUGAUUUUGUACAGGAUGUAUAUGGAGCAUGUUCAUACAUUUAAAUGAAGACGUGUCGAGCAGUAGAAGGCCGUGAACCCUGGAUGUGUUUGUGUUGACCUUUGACCUUAUUACAACCCUUUAUAUUUCAUCAUCCUGGUCCCUGAUCUCAAACCUUCCUGUGACAAAAGGACACAGGAAGUGAUGAGGCGGACUUGUCCUCCUCCUCGUCAGCAGGUGCAGCGCGGCAGCUUCACGGACAGUCGCUGUGUCGUCACAGUGAUGGUA